CCCUCUCCAUCUUCAAUCUAUUACAACAAACGAAACAAUCGACGAAGUAGGCGCCUAUCUGGUAUCGCUUACUGCCGGUUGCUGGGCGGUAGCGAUUUCUCGCAUCUCGCAUGUCGUAGGACAAACUAUGGCAUUCGGUCCAACGCGACAAUGGCCCCGUCCCAGACACUGCCCGACCAUCUCUCGGAUCCGCUCAAGUUCUCUCCACGGUCCGUCACCACCCUCGACGAGGAGGACGAAGAAGAAACGUUCGAGGCCGACUGGGACCGCACCCUGAGGCCCGGCGCGUUGGACCAACCGGUACCACCCUCCAUUCGCUCCGUCCGUUCCGUUGCCCACUCGCGCGAAUCGUCCCUUGAGAAAAUCUGCGGCGUGUCCUCCAUUUCCUCGAAUGCCACUGCCAACUCCUCUUCCUCCUCGUUAGCCUCCCCGCGGGGGCUCGGCUCCCAGUCGCGCCAGCCAUUCAGCGGCGUCGUUAUCGAGAGAGUCGUCGAUCCCAAGAGCGUUUCCUACGGCCACCAUCGCAAAACCUCCAUUGUCCAUGGUAUCCAGCAUUCCCGCAAUGGGAGCCUUGCCAGCGCAUCCUCUAGUCCCCUCAGCCCGCAGAUGAUCGCUGCGGCUGGUGCUGCUUUUGCGGCCGACCGACCAGAUAUUCAUGCUGUGGCACGACUCGAAGCUGACACCCCUGCCUCCUCUCGGCCCUCGACUUCACUGUCGGGCGCAACCGUCGUAGCCGGCCCGGGCACCAAUGUUUCCGAGAGAGCACCUCUGCCCCUAGACUCUACACCCCAUUCGGCUACCCAAAGAAGAAUCGAACGCAUGCAUAGCAUGGCGAGGCGCGAGGGUGCGCAUCAUCACACCCACUCGUCCAAACAUCACAAGGACGAGCAGCAGAAGACAGUGGGAGAAUAUGCGCUGCAUGUGCUUUUCACCCAGUUUAUUGCCCAAGCCGAGGAAAAGCUCAACGAUUGCAUUACCGUGCCGUUCGACCCGGAACCUCAAGUCGAGCAAAUAUGUGGUAUUGGCGUGGAUCCGGCCUUCGACCAGAUUAUUGCGGCCCUCGGCCACAUUGCGCGGCCUCGACCGAAACCUCUGAUCGACUCGAUGAUGCUCUGGAGAAAAAGUAAAAGCGACGCCGCCAAUGAAGCCCGAAGCCAGCUCCAACAGUCCAAAGCAACCCUCCCAGGCCCUCUACAACGGAGGAACACAGAGCCCAUUCAGUCCGCUUCCGCCGCACCCAACCACGACAAUCCUGUAGCGAGUCCCGGGAUGUCCUUGGCGGCCAAACAAGAGUUCGUGGCACACGCCGAGCGCCGAUCCACCGUUUCCAUAUACAUCCUCUGCCGCGUAUUGCUCGAGGUCAUUCGCCAGACCACUCUUCCCCUUUUGACAGUGGAAAUGGAAGAAAAGCUGGAAGGCAUCAUCUUUGGGCAACUCAAAGUUGCCGAUACCGAACAGCUCAUGUUCAGCCCACUCAAGCUUGCCAACUGGAACCUAUUCGCGCAGCUGCUGGGCGUCAUGAGCGGCAUCAACUUCAAGUCCGUCGCCGAUAAAUUCCUGACCGACAUCGACCGGUCCUUGCAGGAAUUGGCGGCGAAAAGCUCCAUCGCCCCAGCGGGCCGCGACAUCGAGGGCAAAAUCGAGUUGGUGCUCGGGGGAAUGAAGCAUCUCAAGCUGAAGCUAGCGCCCACGGAGGCGUGGGAGCAAUCCUGCGACUUUCUUGUGGCCCUCGGACGGCUAUUCAACAGAUCGCAUGGGCAGAAGGUCAAAACGGCCUUUUGCCAAGUCAUCGAUGUCCUUCUGCUCCCUAUUGCGGCCAAGGCGAGCGUUCAAGAGCUCUCCCACCCGAAGUGGCCAGAGGCCCUCGCCGCGCUGGGAUCACGUCCUGCGCAGAUGUCCCUGAAGCCGCGACACUGGAGUUUUGCCUUUCCCCUUGCGGUAACCAUUCUCUGCGUCUCGACACCCGACUCGUUCAGCUCGCAAUGGAUGCAGCUCAUCUUGCCCUUGCAGACCAAGAUCAAAGAUCGAUAUACCAGACCACUUUGCCUCCAGGUCAUCUCUAGGCUUGUGUGGACUUACCUUUACCGCACCAGCGACAGCCCUGCCAACGCCGCGCGGAAGCUUGACGAUGUGAUGAAGAUCGUUCUACCGCCAACUAGGCGCAUCUUGGUCGCAUCGGAUGCGGCCGUUGUUGAUCCGCUUCUUCAAAUUAUCCGCCUCAUCGGCUUCAAAUAUCCCGAGUAUUGCUUCAAGAACAUCGUCUUCCCCCUCAUCCACGCCGACCUCUUCAUGUCCAACAGGGAAUCCAAGGUAGAGCAACUGGAUCCUGACCGUAUUGUCGUGGGUAUCCGAGCAUUCAUGAUGAUCAUUUCGGAUUUGGAACAAGGCGUUCAGGGCCGUCCGCCGUUCCCCGUCUCGUACGCUCCCAAUUGGAACACAGAACGUGCGCCCAUGUCACCCACCACCGUUGCCUCGCCGCGGAACGUCCCUCUGCUCACCCCUGCUCUGCCCAUUUUCGAGUCCGAGGAGCAGUCGCGUCCGUUCGUGACGGGCCUCCUCAGCGACGGGACUCGCGAGUACUAUCAUCGCUUCUGCGAAGUCCUCGGAAAGAUUACCAUCCUAUGCGACAACACCUUCGGGGGCCAGGCAGCUCUCGAUGAGAAGUUUAGCAGCCCGGGGCCGCCCAAGACGCCCAUGACGGAGACGUUCAACUUCUCGCGGCGCGAUGAUCACCAAACACCGAACGAUUCGAAGCAACAGUUCUACGAGCUGCUGCAUGUUGCCGUCCAGGCGCUUCCUCGCUGUCUCUCUCCCGACAUACCUUUCAACUCAUUGAUCAACCUGCUCUGCACUGGUACGGCCCAUGUCCAAGGUAAUAUCGCUCAGUCGUCGGCCCGAUCGUUGAAAGCCAUCGCCCGCCAAUCUCAUGCGCAGCAAGUCACUACGGGGUUCGCCCGCUUCAUCUUCAACUUUGACGAUCGGUAUUCGACCAUGUCCGAUGGGGGUAUGCUGGGCACGGGUCACAUCGAAAGCACGCUGCGGCUAUAUAUCGAGCUGCUGCGAAUUUGGAUCGAGGAGAUCAAGCAGAGGACCAGAGACGCUGCAGCAGAAGAAGGCGAGGCGAGCAACAUGAGGGGCACGAAGCUCGAUUUGUCUAGCGUCUGGGCUGAGGUCGACCAGGCUGAAGCUCACGGUCUAUUCUUCCUCUGCUCCCAGUCUCGCCGGGUGCGCUACUUCGCCAUCACCGUGCUCCGGCUCAUCAGAGACUUUGACGAGGCACUCGGCAAGACAAAGAACGAAGAAAAGGACGGGUUGAGAGUGAUCGACGUCUUGGAAAACGACUCAAUGCAGGUGAUGAGCUUUAAGGAUGAACAUCUCUCGGUUGCCGAGAGGAGCAGACUCCAGCGCGGAAUGCAAAACAGCAACAACCGGGGAGCGCUCCUCGAGCUUUGCACGAGCGACGUGUCGUACGACACGACCCUUUGGUUCAAGCUCUUCCCCAACCUCAUUCGGAUUACCUACGAGAAGUGCCCGUUCACGGUCACUAUUGCUCGUGACCUGAUAUGCAAUCGGAUACUCCAGAUGUACAAGAGCAUAACCGUCCUCUCCGAACCCUCCAGAGGGCUCUAUUACGGCAGCGAUUCGGGCGGUGGACGGAUGAGUGGCCGCGCCCCGACGGCACAGCCAGAAGUCCUAAUAGAGCAGUGGAAGUUGUAUCUCAUCUUUGCCUGUACAACCCUGACCGACACGGGGACUCAAAUCACCACCCCGGUCCAGGCCUCGCAGACGCCGCACGGUGGCAGGACGUCCAAGUCGGGCAGCACCGAGACGGUUGUUUCGGCCCGGCUCCUCUUCAAGUACCUUAUUCCCCUCCUGUCGGCGUCGUCUGCUUCCGUCCGCGAAGCUGUCGUGCUGGCCAUGGGCUCGAUCAACAUGCACAUUUACCGUCCUCUGUUGGAGGAGCUCGCGGGUCAAGCGUCUCGCUGCAACGACGAGGCCCGUGCAAGGAUUCAUCAACGUGCCAACAGCAACCCGCGCCGGAACCGCAAGAUGGACCUGCUUCGGACCGAGAUCACGCACAUCUACAAGUUGACGUCGCAUUUCCUCAAGGAGCCGGAGGUCUACAAGGAUGAGUGGAUCCUGGGCAAUCUCGUCUCGUAUACUCGGGAUCUCAAACUCUUCCUCAUGGACGAGGAAGUCCAACUGGACUGGGAGUUCCAGAAGCUGCGGCGCCAUUACUGCGGCUUGAUGGAAGAGCUAUUUGAGGGGAUCAACCGGACGGAAGACCCGUCGAGGUGGAUGUCCUUCGAGUCCCGGAAGUCCGCUUUCUCCCUCAUGGAAGACUGGUGUGGCUUCUCCCCCAACCAAAACCAGAUUCGGGUCAGGGAAGAUACCAUGAGACAGUCCCUGAUCAGCCAGCAAUCUCAUGGCGAGCGGGGCACGGUUACGGCUGCCAUGGAGAUUGAAAAGCGUAAUCUCCGGACCGCGGCCCUCAGUGCCAUGGCGGCGCUGUGCGGCGGUCCCAUGAGUAUCACGACCGAGAGCGGUGCCACCUUGCAGUUCGACCUGCGGAGGUUGCUUGCCUGGAUCGAGGCGAUAUUCAACUCCGACAGCAACCGCAUGAACCUCAUCGGCCGUCGGGCCUUGCAGAAUCUGAUCGUGCAUAACCGGGAGUAUCCGUAUCUUCUCGAACAGGGGUGCAUCGCUCGGUGCUACCUGUCGGAGGCCCCCAAGCUGCGCGAGAGCUACUUUGCCGUGGUGAGCCAGGUGCUCCUGGGUUAUCCCGACUACCCAUCCCCGUUCUGGAGGCUCCUAAGCCUGUGCCUUUUCACCUUGGGGAACGACAGCAGCGAAAUACGGUCGAAAUCGGCGCGGGUCUUGAGGGCACUCGAGGAGCGACAACAGCCAGCCCGAAGCUCCAGGAUUCAGGACUUCGAUAUUAGCAUCUCGGACAAGACCAAGGCGGUAUACAAGAACGCGCAGUUUGAGAUAUCCAAGCGGCUGGCCAAGCAGCACACGGAGCUGGCCUUCCACAUCUUCUCCGAGUUUACGCUCUACUUCAAGAACCUCCAGCCCGCUUCUCAACGGAACGUCGUCGCCAUUAUCCUCCCGUGGAUCCAGUCGAUAGAGCUGAAGGUGGAUCCGAACGGAGGUCCUACUGCGCAGUCGUACGUGCUUCUAGCCAACUUGCUAGAGAUCACCAUCCAGUCGAGCGCGGCGCUCCAUAACGAGGUCCAAGCACUUUGGCAAGCUCUCGCCACGGGCCCGUAUCCUGGCAACGUUCGGCUUAUCCUCGAUUUCAUCAUCUCCCUAUGCCUCGAACGUCGGGAGCAGAGCUUCGUGGAGUACGCCAGGCAGAUCGUGGUCUUCCUUGCGAGUACCACGAGCGCGCCUGGGAUCAAGGUGGUGGAGUUUCUGCUGAUGCAGAUAACUCCCAAGGCCAUGGUGCCGAACGAGAAGAGAGAGGUCGUACCGCCGCCACCCGACAUCGUCCAGCUGCCAUACUGCGCAGAUCUCAGCGAAGCCCGGCCGAUCGGGACGAAGCAGGCCGGCUUCUCCCUGGGCCAACUGUCUCUUAUUCUCUUGGUCGACCUCAUGGUUUCCCCCGUUCAACUGGCUCCCGAGAACGUGCCCCUCCUCCUCCACGUCGUCGCCGUUCUGUGGGACCAUUAUACACCAUUGGUUCAGGAACAGGCUCGGGAGAUGCUUGUUCAUCUCGUUCACGAGCUUGUUAUCUCGCGGCUCGACGAGCAGACGCCGGCGGCAGCAAGAAAGUCGAUCGAAAACUUGAUCGACCUGAUUCGCCGACAUGACAAGUCGGUUGUAUGGGGUUACGAAGAUAAUAACGGCAACGGCAAAGCAGGCGGCGACAACGGCAGCAAAGGUGUUGACGGCGACGAUCACGACAACAAGGUUCCGGCAAGCAUGGAAUAUCUAACGAGCGAGGUGGUAAAGACGUUUUCGAUGACAUAUCCCGGCAUCAAGGAGCAAUGGGGACGGUUGUCGUUGACCUGGGCAACGUCCUGCCCCGUUCGGCAUCUUGCGUGCCGUUCGUUCCAGAUCUUCCGCUGCGUGCUCACGUCGCUGGACCAGUUCAUGCUGGGCGACAUGUUGGCUCGGUUGUCGAACACGAUCGCGGACGAGGACUCGGAGAUCCAAACGUUUUCCAUGGAGAUCUUGACGACUCUCAAGACACUCAUUAUCAAGCUCGACGCGGAGAACCUCACCGAUUUCCCGCAACUCUUCUGGACCACGUGCGCCUGUCUUGAAUCCAUUAACGAACUGGAGUUCUUGGAGGCCGUCAACAUGCUCGACGUGUUCUUGUCGAUGUUGGAUUUCCAGUCCCCGAGCGUGCGCAGGCUCCUCUCCGACGGACAACCUUCGCGGUGGGAGGGCCCUUUCGACGGUUUACAAGCUCUGCUCUAUAAGGGGCUGCGAUCCUCCCGCUGCAUGGAGUCGGCGCUCGGCAUUAUCAACAAAGUGGUCCAAUUGCCAAACGACGGUCUUGUCGGAGAUGAUAGCCGACUGUUCUUCGCCGUGCUGGCCCAUUUCCCCCGUCUAUUGCACGAGAUGGAGCAGGAAAUGCCGGGCGACAAAGCCCUACAUGCGGCAGAGAUUCUCUGCGCCGUGGCGGAGGCUCGAGGUUACGACAGCAUUGCAGAAGUCCUCGGGGAUUACGCCGCUCUGAAGUACAGAGGGGAGACGGGCGAGUUCCAGGGGCAUCUCUUCUCCGCCUUGCGAGACAGUUUCCUCCCCAGACUCGAGUUCAACAUGAUCGUGUUUCUGAUGGGUCUCCUCACGAAUUCGACUCCGUGGGUGAAGAUCAAAACCAUGAGCAUCCUCAGCACGGUCAUCCCGGAGGUCGAUAUGCGGAGACCGGAGUUGGCAGGCCAUGGCUCCGACCUCAUCUCCCCGCUGCUACGAUUGUUACAGACAGAGUACUGUAUGGAAGCACUCCGGGUGUUGGACAACAUCAUGACCAUGUCGGGGAGUGCCAUGGACAAACAGCACCUGCGAAUGAGCAUGACGCGGUCGACGUCCAAGACGAUCCGAAAGGAAUACGAGCGUACGCAGAGUCUCUUCGGUAUCCCGGAGUCGUCUGGCUGGGCCAUUCCCAUGCCUGCAAAGAAGACGGACUCGACGCGUGCCAACAUCCAUGCCGCGUUUUACAUGUGCCAGAAUGCCGAGGGGACCAUGGCCGACGUCUCCUCGACGCCGGAUGUCGAGUUCCACGCCGACGACUUCACGUAUGGCUACUUCCAGAUGCUGCCCGAUCGGACAGAUACGAUGGUGUCGGAUGAGGGUCGGGGGAACGGAGGUAUCAUGGGCGACAUUGUGAAUAAGCUAGACAGUCUGGACGACUUCUUCGACGAUCUAGGCGUCAGCCCACCGCCGAGCGAAGGCCGGUCGUCGAGGACCGUGACCGAGUUCUCACCAGACACGUACGAGCCCCCCUUUUCCAGGGAGCCGAGCAUCUCCAACACCAUGACGCCGGGUGCCUUCCAGGCGGCGGCGGCGGCGGCAGCGGCAGCGGCAGCGACGACGACGACAGCACCCCGGCCACCACUGCACACGAGGUCCAUAACUUCGCCUUCGGCGCCGGCGUCCUACCAGCCUCACAUCAGCGAGUUCACGUCCGAUGACGAAUACAAUACCGAGGACGUGUUCUCGGACGCCGACGACGAGAGGCCGAACGCGGAUAGUGGCGAGAGUUCGUUUUCCCUGGAGAGCAUGAUCCAGCCGAUUGCGCAGAGCACGCGGACGCGCAUCCGCCGCCUGACGGGUGGGAGGACGCGCGAGGCGGAUCGGGCGCGCGAGCUGUUGCGGGCUGAGCGCGCGGCGCCCCCGACGCCGGUUCCCAAAUUGCCGGCUAACCUGUUCACCUCUAAACAGGCGCAGCCUCCGUAUUCACAGGGGGCUAUGUUAUAG